AUGAGUAAACGGGGCCAACAAACUUUCGCUUCGUAUAUCGUUUCUUUCCCUGUUAUGUGAGGUUCACUGACGAUAUAACUUGUAAGAUAUGAUCUAAAUGCAAAUGUAAAACUGGUUUUUGGAAUAAAUAUCGGGGAUCGUUUUAAGAGUCGACAGUUUGCGCUUGCUGUGUCCCCAACCGGGUUUGUCUGAAACCGCAUCCUGAUUCAAAACUGUCCCUGUGGACGCCUUGAAGUUUGACAAAAUGGCAUCUUCUAACAUCUCCCAUCCCUUCUACCCACGGGACGUCCCCGUUCCCCACUACGUGCCCAACAUCUACUCCACCUACCAGUUGAUCCCCCCUGCCCUGUGCACAUUCGGGCUCAUCUUCUGGGUCGUGUGGCGGUACACACACACCGACAAGUUCGGCCGGGCGUUGGGGGGAUGGGAAAAGGCGGCGCUGAGCUGGUGGGGGCUGUGCGGGUGUAUUCACAUGAUCCUGGAAGGAUGGAUCAGUCUCAACAGUCGCACCUUCGCUGGACGAAAUGAUCUGUUUUCUCAGAUGUGGAAAGAAUAUGCAAUGGGUGACAGCCGAUAUGCACAUGGCGACGCCUGUAUCACUAUCAUGGAGGGCCUCACAGCCUGGCUAGAAGGACCCGGAUGUUUCCUCAUCGUGUGGGCGUUUCUGAACCGACACCCGAUGCGUCACGUGCUCCAGUUCGGCGUUUCUAUUGGCCAGUUUUACGGUACCCUGCUUUACUUUUUCACCGAGAUUUUUGAUGACUUCGCCCACGGCCCCCGCUUCCACCCGUACUACUGGUGGUUCCUGGUCUUCGGUCUGAACUCUCCCUGGCUCGUGGUACCCCCGAUCCUGAUCUACCAGUCCUGGAAGGAGCUGAACAAGGCGCAGAAAGGACUGGACAAGUCUACUGGAUUCAACAUUGGCAACGGAAAGGAGAGGAUCAAAAACAAAAGCGGUUAAGGUUCAAAAUAAUGAUCGGGAACAGAUGAGGGUAUAUCGCAUGCGUGAUUGUGACGUCAUUAGCACACGCAACAUUAACUGUAAAAGGCAUGCGAUCAAGCCAAAUGAGUCGUUUGUCGGGAAUUUUUCUUUGGAGAUACAGGCCAAAAUAGGGCCACUUCAUCACAUCGAUUCAGUGCAU